GUCGCUACGGGUAUGGCGUCGCCUGAACCAGCUGAGUCGAAGUCAGAGAACGAUGUGAAGCUGUUCUCGGUGACUCUACCGCGGCCGAUCGCCUAUACAUAUCUCCUUUCUAUACUCUACAACAUAACAUUCUUUAUGCAAUUCAUGUCAACUCCGUAUUUUCUCAAAUCGUUAGGAGUUUCCGAUACCGAAAACGUUGGAUCUAUGAAGUUCCUCACCGCUAGGCUCAGGCCAACUUUGGCAGAUGUAAAGACCUUGAUGCUCAGUCGAAUACCGUGUAUUUUCAUGCAUGGUCAACAAGGUCAUCAAACUCUUCUGUCGGCUCUUACUAACCCCGGAAAAGAGCGCACGAACGCUUUUGGCAGGAUGGGACUGACAUUUGUGCUUUGUAUUGUGCCAUCGCUGACUCUUGGAGAAACUGCAUUCAGCGAAGUCAUAGCGGAAUGUAAACUGAACAAGCCCAUCAAGGACCAAUGUGAAAAUGUGGAGGAACGGUCGCAAAGCAUGAGCGUUUCGAAUGUAAGUCGGAUUCUGAAUAAGCCCGGAGUUCUGAAUGUGAUGUUCAAGAAGAAUGCUCCUAUACUGCCAAUGCUGCUGGUAUUCGCAAUAAUGCAGCUUUACCUUGUGGAGCAGUUCCAAGCAGAUUCAGUCGCAUUCGGGCUUUUCUUCUUUUUCCACUGGCUAUGGAUGAUCGUGGUAGUCAUGCCGUUCAUUGCUUUCGGAAUGAGCUUGGUCGCGACUGUUGCUGACAGUUUACUCACCGCACUUGUCGCCGAGAACGAGCAGGGCUUGGUCCUUGGCGUCGCGACGUCGUUCAAUUCGUUGCUUCGAACGUUUGCUCCAACGAUCUCUGGCUACAUUCUGGAGACUUUUGGCUUCUCCACUUUCGCUCUAAUCGGCUCUAUAUCAACGGCUGUUGGCCAUGCAGCUAUUUUUCUCUUUCCACUUCAAGAAAGUUUAUUACGGAAGCCAAAAGCUGAAUAA